AUGGCUAACUUGCCAUCGUUCCAAGUCCCCAUGCUCAAUAAGAGCAGUUUUGAUAAUUGGAGUAUCAAGAUGAAAGCAUUAUUGGUAGCCCACGAUGUUUGGGAGAUCGUGGAGAGUGGCUACAAGGAGCCGCAAGACGAGACCGAUCUAUCCCAACAACAAAGGGAUAGAUUGCGAGAUGCGAGAAAGAGAGACAAGAAAGCUCUCUAUCUGAUCUACCAAGCUCUAGGGGACGACGAUUUCGAGAAGAUCUCAAGUGCAAGCACCGCCAAAGAAGCGUGGAAGAAGCUCCAAAUCUCAUGUAUUGGUGCGGAGCGAGUAAAGAAGCAUAUAGUAGUUACAAUUGAAGAAACAAAAGAUUUAGAGGAAAUGAGUAUCGAUCACUUAUUGGGAUCGCUACAAGCAUAUGAGGAGAAACAAAAGAAGAAACAAGAAAUUGUGGAGCAACUUUUAAAGUUGCAAGUGAGCCCAAAGGAGAAAGAAGAAAGUUCGGGCAAUGGUGGUGGUCGCGGACAAAGACAAGAUCGUGGUCGUGGCCGAGGAUAUGCUCGUGGACGUGGACGAGGAUAUUUUUUGAACUAUGAAGAAAGAAAGGAGUUCCCAAAUAAGGGUCGAGGAAGGAGUUCCCCACAGUCGAGGUACGAUAAAUCUUCAAUAAAGUGUUACAAUUGUCAUAGAUAUGGGCACUAUGCUUCCGAGUGCAGAGAAGCAAAAUCAAAAGUUGAAGAGAAGGCUAAUUACGUGGAGAAUACAAAUGAAGAAAAUGGUUGUGUCCUUCUAGCUUAUAAAGGAGAAGCUGGGAGAAAAGAUGAUACGUGGUACCUCGACACAGGAGCGAGCAAUCAUAUGUGCGGGAACAGAAGCAUGUUCGUGGAGCUUGAUGAAUCAUUAAAGGGAAAGGCAAAAUACUAA